AUGCAGCAGAAAAACGAUAACAGCCCGCCAGAAAACCACCACAGCCACAUUCAACAGCACCGCCGCCGCGGCCAACAACAACAGCAAAACCACCAGUAUUACCCAAAUUACUUUCCCAACCAGAGUAUGAUGUACCCUCAUUCUCUGCUGCCCAUUUAUGGUUUCAGCAGCCUGGAAUAUCCUCCUUACCACCAUUAUCCAAUGCUACCUGGCUCCAGUUUCACUCCUAGCGCUCUGCCAUACAACACUGCAAUGUUGAUGCAAGGGAAUUAUGUGCAAGCAACGACUGGCUUUGAUAAUCAUCAUCACAUCAGUCAACCAGCAAACCUCGUACUUCCUCCUCCGGCUGGGGAGUACGAGGAGAAUAACACUAAUAAUACUGGUGGCUGGUUUCAAGAAUCUGAUGACCAAUUUUCAAAUAUCUUCAUGCGGAUUAGGAUUGAGCCAGAAGAAGAGACUGCAUUGGUUGAACUGAGUCGUGGGCAGGAGCCUGUGGUGUUUGAUCUGCAUGAAGAUUCGAAUGCUGAUGUUGAAGAAUCGGAUGGUCCUGGAGAUGAUUGGCUGGAAGAAACCAUCUCCCAACAUCUGAAGACUAGAAGAUAUCAUACAACACCUGGUGUAAAACAGGCUGAGCAUGAAGAGGCUGAAAUUUGUGUGGUGUGCCAGAGUGAGCACGAAAACGAAGAGAUAUUGGCGACUCUUGCAUGUGGACAUGAGUACCAUUCCAACUGCAUCAAGGGAUGGUUGAUCAAGCGAAACGUUUGCCCAAUUUGCAAGCGCACGGCACUUCCAAAUUUUGACUGCAGUACGAGAAUUGGAUAG